AUGCGGCUAAAUCAUUUCCUCCCGCUGGGCGGCUCUGAUGCGACUGUCAGCGCAACCACCCUCUACUGCACUCUUGCGCUGGCUCUCUUUCACCUGGGCCUUGCUGAUGUGGCGAACCCAGCUAGCUGGCCAGGGGAAAAUGAGGGCAACGUGAGCAUUGGAGGCGCGCAGUUUCCGUACGCCCUAGUGUCCCACCAGGGACUUGUCCUUGAAGAUGCUACGGAUGAAGCUGGAGAGAUGCGGGGUCUCGAUAUCAACCGUCGAGCUCCCGAGGAGUCGUCUGCACUAUCAGACAACAAGUCCAAGAAAAACACCAUCAAACUCGGCCAAAUGCAGUGGUGGUAUUUCCCACAAGAUGCCGGGAACGACAAGACGACGAAUGAGACUUCGGGCGACCAGGCUCAUGAGAAUUUGAAACGCUCACGCACCGUGUUUAUCUCUCUGACUACCUGCUCAAAACCGAGCGUCGACAAAUCUGAUUCCGGCCAUGAGCCAUCGCUACCUCAGCUCGAGGCUUACGUCUCUAUAUCCAAUUCUUUGCAGAAACCAGGACCCGACCAAGACUUCAGCAGUCAGACCAAAAUUGAAUCCGAGGAGGGCUAUAUGAGCAUUGCCACAGCGGCUCAAGGGGAUGUCUAUAUUGGUGUUGCCGCUCCCAAAAGCAGCGACUACUCCGGGUCAUAUAGUUACGAAAUCGCUGCUUCGACCGAUGGUUAUUACCACAACGUUGAUGAUGAGGAUCAGUUCGCACGCUUUUUGGACUCAGACGCGAAUGCCGCGCUGUUUGCCACACAGAGCUUGACAGAGUCAAGCCUAAAAUUACAGAAUGCCAGCAAUUGGACCAACAUGACACCCCCGUACACCAUGUUUGUCAGCAACGUGAACAACACCGCCAUCUCGGGCUUGCAACGGUCGUACUGUGCCCUCAAUCAAUUUGCCCAGAUUGGGAAAAGUGGGCAUGGACUACGAACAAGCAUGGCCAACCGAAGCGAGGAAAUCGAGGAGCAGCUUUAUGUCACGGGACUCAAUCGAAGUUCUGACUACAUUGGGAUUCUGGCGAUGGACGGCAAUUCGACGAAGAACGGGAACGCCGGGGGCGGCGGGAAAGUAUGGAAACCAUUCCGGUUCUCGACGAAAGCAGAGGACAAUUGCGCCGUUCUAUUCAAUCUGUCAUUCUGCUCCGACAUUGCGUACGCGGUGCCUUCCAACCCGUCAUUGAAGGCAGCAGAGCUGGGGUCCAUCUACGAUGACUAUGCCGCCGCCAUGUACAAAAACUUCUCCUACUCCCUUGACCAGAUCCAAUGCGAUGCUCCCGACGAAACCCGAUUCUCUCUAGCCGUCGGAUGCGACGACUGCGCCAGGGCGUACAAGCAAUGGCUCUGCGCCGUCACCAUCCCCCGGUGUUCCGACUUCUCGAGCUCGGAGAAGUUCCUGCGGACUCGCAACGCCGGCCAGAAGUUUCUCAACGGCACCUCGCUCGACGAUCAGGAUCCCCUGCGCCGCAGCCCGCUCACCAACCAGUCCCGGAACUCGUUGAUAGACAGCGACAUCAAACCCGGGCCAUACAAGGAGGUUCUCCCCUGCCAGGACGUAUGCUAUAACCUCGUCAAGAGCUGCCCGGCGGCGCUCGGGUUCAGCUGUCCCGACGGGAAAUGGCUGAAUGCCUCGUACGGCAUGCGCUCUGAUAACGCGAGCAUUACUUCCUGUAACUACCCGGGGGUGGAAGCAUGGCGAAGUGGUGCACCGGAUCUGCAUCGAUCUCUCUGGAUGAAUCUGCAGAUUUUGGCCCUCGUGUGGGUUCCUUUUUGGGUCCUAGGAAACUAG